AUGGCCGGCUGUGGACAUAAAAUAAGCAGCGUGGAGGGAGUGAUCGCCAGUCCCAACUGGCCGGACAAGUAUCCCAACCGUAAGGAGUGCACCUGGACUAUUUCUGCACCCCCUGGGCACAGGGUCAAGCUGGCCUUCAACGAGUUUGAAAUUGAGCAACAUCAGGAAUGUAUUUAUGACUAUCUCGAGGUCUACAAUGGUCUCAGUGAAAGGUCCUCCUUCCUGGCCCGGUACUGCGGGAGCAAAAAACCAGAGACUGUCGUCACCACAGGGAAUAAAAUGUUCAUCAAAUUUUUCUCUGAUGCAUCGGUACAAAGGAAAGGAUUUCAGGCAAAACACAGCACAGAGUGUGGCGGGCAUCUCAGAGCCAAGGUCAGAACCAACGACUUGUACUCGCACGCACAGUUUGGAGACAACAACUACCCUGGCCAGUUGCAUUGUGACUGGGCGAUCAUGGCAGAAGAUGGCUAUGGGGUGGAGUUGAUAUUUCGGACGUUCGAAAUCGAGGAAGAGGCUGACUGUGGAUACGAUUACAUGGAGCUAUACGACGGGCCUAACAGUGCGGCUCCUAGACUCGGGAGAUUCUGUGGAUCAGGGGUAAGGUUUUGGGGAUCAGUGGGAAGAACUGUCUGCUUCUAACGAGAAAAGUGACCCAUAUCCCACGCACACGAACACUGGGGAGCAUUGGGUGGGGCAGGACUGGACAUCUACGUGUGGAGCCGCAAAAGAUGGGCAAGGUCCUCAAUGAAUAUUCAUCCUUUGUUUUUACCGUGGAGAAAGACACAAAGACUUGAGAACUAGGAAAAGUUAAUGGGGAUGUCCUCGGGAU